GAUUAGGUAUUGGUGGUUGUCUUUUAACUAUAUUGUCUGAUAAAUCAUGAUUAGGAGGACACACUUUAGACAAGAGAAACAUGAGGUUUCCUGCCCAGUCUUUGCAGAAGUUAGAAAAGGAAAUGACAAUCUAUAUAUCAAAGACGAUGGUAAAGAAAAAAGGCUAUUUGGAAUUACACUACGGGCGUACAAGGACGCACAACUACCUUUAUUUUUUCUUACCCUGCCCAUGGUAUUUUACAACGUACUCUGGUGUGCUAAGUAUACUGGGCCUGGUGAUAGGUUCCCCGACCCCACCAUUAUUUGGCCAAAAGGUGAUUGUCGUUGGUGUUAUAGAUCCUAUGAAACAUCGGAUGAUUCGCAUAUCUCAUUGAGGAAUAACCUGAAAAGAUGGUAUGACGAUAGUAUAUUUGAGAUUAUCUAAAAUUGUUACCAGUCUUAGCGCUAACCUGUAUUUUAUGUUACAUCAUAAGCCUAAAGUCUCUAUUUCCUAAUAACAUAACCAACACUAAAGAGUCCCUAUAUAGAUGUCUCAUUA